AUGGUUGAUUACAAGAGAUGGAUGAAAGAACUUAAUGACGAUACUAAGAUAUCGAAGUUAGCUAUUCCAGGUACCCACAAUUCAGCAGCAUGUCACACUGCUUUACCAUCAGUUCAGUGUCAAGGAGAAUCCGUAACUGAUCAAUUGAAACACGGUGUUAGAUUUUUAGAUAUCAGAGUUUCUAAAUUAUUUAUGAAGGAAGGGGAUGAAGCCAAGGAUUUGCAAGUUAUCCAUGGUAAGUUCCCAGUGAAAAUUCCAUUCCCAUUGAAGUUAACUUCUGUUUUAGAUGAAGUUUAUGAUUUCUUGAAGGACAACAAGUCAGAAACUGUUAUUGUUUCUCUUAAGCAAGAAGGACCUGAUUCUUGGAACAAUGACAAAGAUGAAUUUGGUAAGUGUAUCUGGGAUCGUUAUGUCAAUAAGAACAAGGACAAAUGGUACUUACGCUCCGAUAUGCCAAGAAUUGGUGAUGCUAGAGGUAAGGCUAUCUUAUUUAGAAGAUUUGGUGUGCGUGACGAUAAGUUAAGAGAAAGUUUUGGUUUUGAUGCUGCUACAUGGAAAUACAACACUGCCGAAGAUGACCGUGGUAGUUUCGUCGUGCAAGAUUUCUGUGAAAUCGAAAGUCCAGACGAUAUUUCUAAGAAGGUUGACUACGUCAAGAAGUUGUCUGAAAAAGCAGGUAAGCACAACUCUUCUAACAACGAUCCAAAAUUGUUCGUCAACUUCUGCUCUGGUUCAAACUUCUUCAAUCAUGACUGCUGGCCAAAACAGGUCGCUGACAGAAUGAUUGAAGGUAAGAUUCAAGAUACUUUCAAGAAAGGUUGUGGUAUUCUUGUCUUGGAUUACGUUGAAGACCAUGAUUGGAAGCUUGUCAAGUCUUUAGUCGAUAAGAAUUUUUAA